AUAUCCUUAGCUAUGCUGAAGAAAUUGUGGUUUUCAGUUCCUCUAUUAAGGGUCCCUCUAUUAAAGCUAUUAUCAGUGUGUAAGAAUUAUGCCAAUUCUCACGGAUUGAAAUACAACGUAGACAAAACUGAGAUGAUGGUUUUCAAAUCAGGUAAGUGUCCGGAGAGAAUACCAGCCGUCACGUUAAAUGGUGAAGAAGUUCGGAUUGUCCAAAAGUUCAAGUACCUAGGGCAUAUAUUAACAGAUGAGCUAAAAUAUGACUAUGACAUUGAGAGAGAAAGGUGGGCGCUCUCGAUUCGUUGCAAUAUGCUGGCGCAUAUUCCCCGUGGUCCUACGGGGUGGACUACGGCGCAGGGACUACAGGGAAUAAAAAUAAACGCAUUUUUCCAGUACGCUAUCUAGUUUAUAUAUACAAUCCUUGGUGCAUUCUGGUGCGAUACAAGUCCAUAUGAAUUUAGUCUGAGUUCCCAACAUUGUACUCUCCUCUAUGUCUAUGGAUUAAUUUACUUUUUGAUCUAUGGCUUUGAGUUUGAGGUUUAUUAUUUUAUUAAUCUAUAGUUCUUUGAUCUAAACAUGGUCUGUGUUUAUUUUAAGUGAUCUGUCAAAUGUCAUCUGUAAUCUCUGCAAUAGUAAAAAAUAUUUCUUCGUAAUUUUGUUUUAAAUAAUUUAAAAUUUUAAAUCCCUGUAUAUAACACUAAAAACAGUAUGGGGCCACUAAAUCCGAAUCGGAUGUAAUUAUUACAAAAAGAAUUACAUACCUAAUUUACUCUCACGUAUAUGAAAAAUACUUUGUUUCCAGGAAACACUUCAAGAUUAUAUGUAACUGUUACAACAAUAUUUAGCAUUUUUGGAGCCUGGCAAACUAGUUUUGUCGGAUUUUUUCACCAAAAUGCUUUAAAGGCGAGAAAAGCAAUUUUCUUACAAUAAAAUGGAGAAAGUUGUGAUUUUGUGAAAACCUGAGGACUACAAACAUGUCAUUUAUUCACUUUCAAUGCUUCAAUUAUUGUUGUUUUGUAACGCGGAUAGAGAGUUUAUGACCAGCGGAAUUAAGAUGUGGUAUGCCGCAUUAGUACGAUUCAUCAGGAGAAGAUUAGUACUGGGAAUUAUCUUUGCAUCCUCGCUGACUUAUUGUAUAAUCAGUCUACUAAAAGAGGGCCACAGUAGAAAUAUGAUUUACCAGGAUAUCUCUAUUGAGAGGAAGCCAUUUGUAUGGAGAACAUUACAAGAACACAAUGAAACUAGCGACACUAUAUGUAGAAACUCGGUUCAGGGAAAAUCCUUACUGGUUGAUGAUAGAGGUUAUGUGUGCCAAAGGGCAGACAUGGCAAAAAAUGGAUGUUGUACCGUAGACGCAGAACACACACAGAGAUACAGUUGUGUGUCUUGCCAUGAAAAUAGUUGCUGCGUCAUAUACGAGUACUGUGUUUCAUGCUGUCUUGACCCUAAGAAGAGAAGCAUGUUGGAGCUGGUUCUAUCAAAACUAUCAGCUGAAGAAAAUGUUCUGUUUCACACUAUAACAGACGAUUAUGAACUGUGCCUAACCAAGUGUCGUACAAGCUCACACAGCGUCUUACAUGAAAAUUCAUACAAAGAUCCGUCUCUAAAGCAUUGCUUCGGUGAAAGACAGCCAGAAACAAAACCUGAUUAGCAGUUAAUUGUUAUAAGGAAUAUUAUACCUACAAGUUAUAAUAUUCAACCAACUGAUAACUUCCGGUAUGGUGCCACAUAGAAAAUGUCAGAGAUAUGGGUAGAAAAAUCUUGUACCGCUUCAAUGUAAGUAAGUUGUUCCGCCUCCAUCUUAGAUUGCUUCAUCACUUAAUAUCCGGUGAAAUGCUACAAUGUUUCUACAAAAUCAAUAUCAUUGUCCUUGACAGUGCCAACAUGAGAAAUUGGCUAGAUUAUGUAGAUUUUUUACUUAUACUACAAAGACAAUACUAUGUAUCCAAUUUAUCUCUGCUAUAGCGAGCUUAAAGUGUGCUCAAAGCGAAUGUUUUUUUUUACAGAAUAUUUAUUAUUAUUUACCAUAUCUUUUUAAAUAUGACCAAUAUUCCCAUUCCCCUCCAAUUAGUCGGGAAAGACUGUGUUAGGAGUGGGUACGAGAAUAGACCAACGGGGCAGGGAUCAAACCAACAUCCUUCGGUUAUGUGUCCGACCGCUCUUACCGUUGAGUUAUUGAGGCUAUAAAUGUUAAAGUAUAAGAAAAGUUUAAAUAAGAAUAUGAUAAUUUUACUACCAUAUUUGGUCACUUAUGUUAUAUUAACAUAAAAAAGCGCUCAUGUAAAUGCAGUAGAUAUUCCAAAAUAAAUUGUCGGCAUAUUGAUAUCUUGUAUUGAGCCAAUGUUAUAAAUGGGUAAUAUGAAAUUACAGCAUUGUCUGCAAACAAACAAAUGAAAUCGCCACAUUGUAUUUUAGUGUUAAAGUACUUCUGAGGUCAUUGCAGGCUGAAGAAAGACUUUUAGACUUGUGGACCUGUAACAUCCUGCCAGCUUUGCAACACACUAGUUACCACAUUAGCACAAUCGGUGCCAAAUUUAUAUUAGAUGUACAAUAUGAUAUGUUUUUGACAAUACGAGCCAAAACGCCUGUCGGCCAUGAAAGUCUAUAUUUCAACUGUUUCAUGACGUCAUUGCAAUAAAUCCCAUACAAAUGGAGCGUUAAUUAACAAUUAGUUCCACGUUUAGUAUAUCAAGGGUGUUAUGACGUCACAAAAUGGACGACAGCUUUUUUGACAUUUGGAAAAUUUUAAAAAUCAAAUUAAGUUUUAAAAGAAAUCCUUAACUUUUAUUAAAUGAUAUUGAUACAUUUCAGACCCUUAUUCAAUGUACUACACGAAAUUAGUAUCGUUUAUAUUAAAUUGGAUAUUAGUCAACUACCCUAUUAAUUUGAUAGAUAAUUGACUAAUGGUGUUGCGCUAUAGGAAGCACUUAUAUUAGCGCCCUUUAUAACUGCACUCAUAGUCAAAUCAUAUAACUAGGCAGGCACUUCUCAGCAGAACCUGUUUUCAUACAUGGGUUGGUAAUCACUACAAAUAGUCAAAUAUGAUGUUUCUAAAGUGCCUAUGAAAGGGGAAUGCCCACCCCCGGCUCAGGCCUACCCUAACCACCCGGCAAUUUACUUAUAUUGUUAUCGCCGCGUUGCAAUGACUUGCGGUACGGACGGCUUCAGUGUGCUCGUGGCGUUCGAUCCGUCCACAUCUCUUGUUGUGUAAUUCUUUAUGGGUUACUUGGAAGGCGGGGAAAGUGACUUGAGUGGAAAAGGGGAGUGUUUGUUAACAGUCAAAGGAUCCUUUAACCCUACACACAUCGUUCACAAGUGCGUGACUCCACUCAAUGUCAUUCUCUGCCACUCAGCGUUUAUUGGUAACAUUCUUAUGGGAAUUGUUAGACCUGACAGACUUUCGUUCAAUAAUUGUGUUUUGCAGGCAACCGCUUCUGAUGUGAAACCCCUUAUACUCCGACUAUAUGUAAAAAAUAAUUGUUAAUUCUACUUUAAUAAUUAAAUCAUUACUUUAUCAAAAAUAGUUUGCUACAACAUUUUACGACAUUUUAAAUUCACCGUUAAUUUGUCCUUAAUGGGGACAAGCAAAGUUUAUUUACGGCAUUUUUUGAAAACGAUUGGUUUGUUUGUUUGUUAAGCUUGUUGGUAACAGAAAAAUAAUAAUACAGCUUCAGCCAAUAGCGUAGCGUGCCUUGGGGGGGGGGGGGGGGGGCUGUAUCAAAAUUAGUUAGGGGCCUAAUAGACAAGUGGCAAAUCCGAAAAAAUCCCAAAAAGCUCCCAAUUCCCUUUCUCAAACCCAAAAAAAUGUGUAAUAUGUUAUAACAAAUUUUUUGGUACUCAUUUUGUUUUUUCUGGAACCACCAGUCUUAUUGGGAUUAUGGAUUUACUAAUCUUUUCUUUCACACGUAAGGGGUCCCCUGUAGUCCGAGGGCCCCGUAUCAUUGGUACGGCUGAUACGGCGGUAGCUAAACCCCUGGCUUCAGCUACAGCACCCUAUAUCAUUCAGAAGAUGACUCAAUUGUGUUUGCCUAUACUAAUAAUAAAUUAUUCUAUGGUAUCUUCAAUGUUGAUUAUAAUUGUGUGCGACUAAGUUUAGCAAUGCAGAAUAAAUUGAUAAAUUAUUGAUGGUAGUUAUAAGUAAAUAGGCUAGAAAAUAGAUAGAAAGUUGUUAUUGCACAUGUUCGUGAAUAAAUUAAGUUUAAAAUUUUAUUAAGAAUACUAUAUUUUAUUGUUCUUAAUGUAAACAGGUAAAAUAUUUAUUAAUAGCUAAGCAUUAGUUACCAAUAUGAAAAUCUAUGAAGACUAACUAUGCUAUGUAAAAAGUAUAAUAUAAUCAUGUCAUUUAUAUGAUGGCAUUUUGUUUACAUGUAAAUUGUGACAUCUCAGGAAUUGUUGAAUACAAGUUUUUGUAAUAGGUCGUAGAUAUUAUUAUUUACUAGUACGAUUUUUUGACGCGACAACGUCUUAUGAUUCAUUGAAUCCGGCUGCACGCUCGAAAACAGAUGACGUCAUGCGUCGUUCCCUCGAUCUAGGGUUGCCUACUUUUUUACAAGAAAUAAAGUAUAUUCUGAUCUAUGAAGAUUAUUAAACAGUAUUUUAGACAAACAACCAGUAUUUUAUUUAUUUACUUUUUAUGACGUUGUCACGUUCAACUAUCGUCAGUAAGCCGAUUACAGACAACCGAUUUUUUAAUCUAGAAACUAUUUAUUUACAUUUAUAUAACAUCAUUUAUACAAAUACUCGUACUUAAUCAAUUUCGAAAAUAUUGGAAAUAUAUACGCGUCAUAUAUAUUUCUGUCAUACGGAUUAUUAUUACAAAAACUUGUAUUAUUAUGAUAUGAUAUAAAAAUUGUUAAAAAAUGCCGCGAUCGAUUUUGAACCUAAAUUUUAGAAGGAACGAACUUGUCGCUAUACUAUAAAUCAACGCGGGACCAAUCGAGGACGGAUUGAGGGUUUUCCUCUCAAGAAAAUUAAAUGUAAUAAAACGUCUGCGUCUUGGGACGCUUGACAGAAUUGGUGACUUAAACCAACUGCCAAAUUAUAUGCGAUUAUAAUUAAAUUAUGCGCGAGAGAAAGGGAAGCCAGACUACACGUACCUACUACACGAUUGGCCAUCUCGAUAGAUCGAUUGGCGAUCAUUUGCGCUAUAUUUGUAGUGAAUUCGUUCUUUCUACUUUCUCACGUCCUUAAUAAAAGAUUUUUAUGUGUAAAUAAUGUAAAUAAUAUUGAUGUUAUUUGUUGAAAUGGAUAAGUAAAUAAAAUAUUUUUGUACUGCA